AUGGCUGUCGGUAUCGAACUACCAAAACAUUACAUGAGAAGAGAAUGGCUGAGCAUGUUUAUGAUACUGAUCCCGGUCAUGAUAUUUAUGUGGCUCAUAAGUGGAUUAUUCAUAUGGUGGUUGAUUCCACCGAUCAACUACCUUCAUGCACUUGUCAUUGCUGCAUGUGUUUGUCCUACUGAUCCGAUCUUGGCUAACUCAGUCGUGAAAGGUAGAUUCGCGGAAAAGCACGUCCCAGCUCACAUUCGAAAUAUUUUAUCAGCAGAAAGUGGAGCCAAUGAUGGUAUGGGAUUCCCUUUUCUUUUUUUGGCCCUCUUUUUAAUCAGUGAACCUAGUGUCGGAUCAGCCGUUGGUAAAUGGGUUUACAUCACUUUAUUGUUUCAAAUCAUCCUAUCUUGCGUCAUCGGUUUAGUUGUUGGCUUUGUUGCAAGAAAGAUCCUACAGUGGUCGGAAAGAAAUCGAUUAAUUGAUAAGCCUUCCUUUCUUUGCUUUGCUAUCGCCCUUGCACUAUUCUUGAUGAGUAUGACAGGAUUUUCAGGCAGUGAUGACCUCUUAGCAUGUUUUGUUGCAGGCAACGCUUUUUCUUGGGACGACUGGUUUAGACAAGAAACAGAAGAAGCACAUUUUCAGGAGGUCAUUGAUAUGAUGCUUAACUUGGCUGUCUUUGUAUACAUAGGUGCUAUCAUUCCUUGGGCAGAAUUUGGUAAUUCAGCACUUGGUUUGACUCCUUGGCGACUAGUUGUUAUUGCCCUUCUCAUCCUACUCUUCCGUCGGUUACCCAUUCUUAUCUUACUCAAACCCGUCAUGCCGGCAAUGAAGACUUACCGUGAAGCUAUCUUCAGUGGCUGGUUUGGUCCGAUGGGCGUAGGUGCUGUGUUUUUGUCAGAAAUUGCUAAAGAGGAAAUGGCUGAAAUUUACCAUGAGUCAACAGAGAAGCCCAUCACACUAGAACUUAUUGGCCCUGUUGUGCUGUUCAUAGUAUUAGCGUCUACAUUAGUCCACGGUACGACUAUUCCGUUAUUUAAACUCGGUAGACGUAUUCGUACACGUACAUUAUCUAUUGCCAGCACUAGAAGCGGUGCUGAUGGAAGCCAAGUACUACGGUUACCAAAGAUUCAGUUUGGACAACAAAUUUCAACGCGAAAAUCUACGGAAGAGGACAUCAUAUCAGGAAAAGACGAAUAUGGAAGAGAUGCUGAAGAGCAACAACAGGCAAUGGAGGAACUGAGAAGAAACACUAAGCAUUUACAAAAUGUAGCAUCCCCGGUUACAACAGAAUCUCAAAGUAUAAGAUUCGUUGAGCCUGUUCAUCCUCGAUCACAGUCUGUUGUCACAGGGACAGCAACAACAGCAACAACAGCAACAACAACAGCGGCAAAUGAGCCGCAAGGACAGCAAAGUAACAGCAAUAUCGAAAGGAACGAAACAAGUGUUACAAGCUUUAAGAACUGGAUCCACAGAAAUAGUAUUACUAAUAAAGAUAAAGCGUCAGACACAACGGUAACAGGAGGAUUGGCCAAUGGGGAACAGUCAGCAUCUGAUAAGCGGGAGGAGAGUGGCGGCAGUAACGCUUUGAAAAAUCUCUUUCGCAGACAUCACGGCAAGUCAAGUGUGGACGAAACACAGCAACCUUCUACUACUACUGCUAAAUACAAUAGUCGUACCUACGAAACUCUAAGGCACAUGUUCUCCCACUUAACUCACGAUGAAGGUAAUAACCCCCGAAGACCUUUAGAGGAAGUUAUUGAGAUGGAUACAGGGGAGCGAUUGAACCCACGUAUUGAGGUAUGGAACGAGCCACAUCAUGUCGUGAUCGAGGAUAAAAAGGGUGAUGUGUCACAGGCCGUUAUUGAUAAAGCGAAUAAUGACAAUUGGGAAGAACAAGUGGUAAAGCAGAUAAAGCAUCUUCAACAUCAAUUAAACGAGGAAUCACAGCAGUAA